UCAAGGCUAUACGGAGGCGAUGCUUCAUCUUCUCGAGAUCUUGAGUUUGGGUGGUUUGGAUGAGAGUAUUAACGAGAGUCGAAUGAUCAAUGCCAUGCAGCCAUGCUCCGAGAAAGAUCGAGAAAGAUCGCAGCACUGUUUGGAGAUGAUAUCCUGUCUCUGAAUACCGAGAUAAAGUCUCUAAAGGAGGAUGUCGCUAAUGAGAAAGCUCUAGUCCAGUCAUACAGGUAUAAAUUGUCUGUCUCCAUGUUAGAUCAAAAGGCAAUGGAGCAAAAAGCUAAAGAGUCGUUGUCCAAGUUGGAGGAUGCAGAGAAAAAGUACAAACAGGCCAAGGAUAUCUUUGAAGAGUUGGAAGUAUCCUGCAAGGAACAGAUUGUUGCUCUCAAGCUUCAAUGCGAUCAAAGCUUGCAGGAUUCCAAAACUGAAACCAAAGCUGCCCAGGCAAAGUUGGACAAGGCCAAUCUGCAUAAAGGUGAAACAAUCCGGAUAGAGAAUUUCCACGCACCUGAAAUCUCUAAGAAGGACCAAGAGAUCCAGACGCUGAAGGAACUGUUCAGAGAUCUUGAAUGUGAUCUUUCCAAACUGAUACAAGAAGAGCACGAUAUGGUUUCAGCCCGUACAAGGAAUCCCCAGCAGCGAAUCGAGCACGAUAUGACUAAGACCAACCUCUACGAGAAACUCAAAGUUUGCAAGGAAAGAAAUAUGGAACCAGUCGACGAGAUCCAACGGCAUGAUGCCUUGAGGAGAAAUAUAACUCAUCUCUUCGAUGAAGUUAGAUUUUGCAGGGAGGAGAACCUGAAGCUCAGGAACGAUGUUUCAUACCAAGUUGCGGCUUUUCAUGAAGCCAUCGCCAAGUUUGAGUCUGAUAUCAGUGAUAUGAACGACAGAGCGAUGAAUACAGUGAAGGGGAAAAGAGCAGUAAGCACCAAAAAUUUCCGGUCAAAAAUUCCACGGCCGACUAGCUCAUCUUCCAACUACAAGGCCUCUUUAGAUUGAAGCUUUUGAGGCAGACCUGAACAGGUGGGAGGGCUACUAUGUGGGUGAACUUUGAGGUGGCAGAAAUGGGACCUGCGGGAUACCGAGAAAGGGUCCGGAAAUACAAGAUUCAGAGAGAGAAUGGCAGG